CGCGUCGCCCGCGUACAAGUGAAACAGUGUUGUGACAGUGAUGUUGUGUCGACUAUAGCAGUGAUUUAUUGAUAUGCGGACUUAUAAACGCGUUAACAUGUACGGUUCGCGCCUACGGUUGGUCGCAGUGGCCUUGCAGGUUCUUCUGGUGACGGCCAAUGGUAAACAUAACCACCAUCGACGGUCAAUGCCCACACAAGCGACAUUACCAGUAUCGAAAAGCGGAUGGCGACCAGUAUUAGGAUCAGGUGGCCUACUAUACGGAUCAUUCGGCGGUGCACCGCUCAGUGGUCCUCCAUACAAGAUACCUGUACCUGUCCUCGACUUGUAUCCCUCUUCCGCACGUCCAAUAUCCACAAGAGACGCGACGAAACUGACUUCUAUAGCUCAAUCUUACCGUCCCACUACCCUCAGAACUGUUUCCUCCGCGCCCCCCGCCAAUCAACCUAUUAACUCAUAUCACAAUCCAUUCGUUCUACCCAACAACGGCCUCACAUACAAAUACGUCCAAAAUUUCCCCGCAGAUAACAUUCUGAUUAGAAACCCACAAAAUCCUUUCGCUGCUAGACCGGUCUUUUCAAAAUAUCCCACAAAACAUAACCAACCGUUCCACAACAGUAUGCUGCAACAACUGACACACGUGCAGCCUGUUUAUUUUGGACAAUACCAGAACAAACCAGUGGAUGUAUUUGGAAAGCCAGUUGAAGGUUAUGUGAGACCCACAGAUCCAGCCAAACAAUCUCAUGGUGGCACCGAGAUCUAUAAAACAGAGGUCUACAAACUUCCUGAUAGCGAUACAGCAUCUCAGUCGGUCAGCCAGCAAGUUAAAACAGCUCAACAGCAGUCAUUUGCAGCAACUCCUAAGACGCCGUACUCUCAUUACUCCUUUAAAGACUCUGUUUUUCCACCGAGCAUUUUAGGUACUUUCGGCUCGUUCGGUGUUCAAUCUGUCAAAGGAAGAGAUCCUAUUUACUCAACCGCUAAGACUACAUAUUUUCCUCAACCAACGAAGCAGACAAUCUUUAAUUCCUUCAGUUAUACACCAUCAUUUAAAACCACCUCCGUAUUCAGUUCCACUACACCGAAAUUACAAACUACAUUAAAUCAUAUAAAUUUUGGGUCACAUUUUAAUGAUUACAAGAAUCCGCCCACUCAACAAACAAAACCAUCGACUCCAAUAAAAAUAGAUCCCAAUAUUGGAAAAGGUAGCUUUAAACCAAGCCCACAAGAUCCCUUCAUCACCAAACAACAUCCCGUUGAUUACAAGCCUGUUAUAACUACCUACAAUCCAAUAUUAUCGACGACUGUAUCAAGUAAUUACAUCGACUAUAACUUCCCAUCACAUCAAAAUUCACCGAUACAAACUAAUCCGGAGCCCCAGAUUUUCACUUAUGAGAAAAAGAAACAGAAGAUACAUGACAGCGUCGCAGCUGGUGUAAAUCAACCCUCAGACCAAUAUGCUUCAUCCCCUAAAAAACAAACUACGAAUUCUGUUAUACACAAACCUACUUAUGAAGUAACAGAAACUUUUGAAUCUGAGGACAUUAUUACACACUCGUCGCCUCCGGCUUGGACGUAUGAUAAUCCAAAGUCGACUGAUCAAUCAGUAACAAAAGCGAUAAGUCACGACACAUACUUUAAACAAACGACAUCUGCUGUGCCAGAUCUACCCGAGGAAUAUGCCAUAGUAACAGAAGCUGAGAAGGGCUAUGAUAACUCUUUGAGCUACGAUGGCCAAGUCGAAUCUCAAAGUAGGCGGCCUCUGGGCGAUGAUUUCGAACCUAUCGGCAAACACAAGCUUAAAGACUAUUACUACAAAGUAUCAACUUCAUCGUAUGAUGAUUAUAGUACAACGAGACGGACGAAAAAACCGACAGAAGUAUCUACACCAGAAGCGACAACAGAUUUUAAUGUAGUUAAAGAAAAUAUGAAUGAUAAACCAGCUGACGCUUUACCAACACUUCCUCCUAACAAACAUUUCAAACGCCCAAAUCAGCAAGAGCCGCAAGACAAAAUACGAAAAAGGAUUAAACAUAGAAGACGCCGUCCACCUCUAGCUAAUCUGCAGCAUAAACAGGAAGUAUCAAGCACUACUGCCUCACGUGUUAUCCAGUCCACGACAGAAUUCCCACAAACGACUGAAGGCGAUGACAUACAUACAAUUAGACCCAGAGUCAGACCACUGAAGUUAAAACCACAGCCUAAUCUGACAACACCUAGUAUCACGACUGACUUAACUACAAGUGCAGUACCAACACUGUCGCCUACAAUUCCUACUAUACUAAAGAAGAAACUCGUUCGUAGACCAUUCAUCACAACUACAGAAAGGUUUGAAACCACUACACAAGUAUUUAAAGAUUAUGAUAACAAAGAUUCGUCUAUAAUGAAAAUCGCAAGUCGUCCACAAUUUCCUAAAACAUCCUCAUCUUAUGACUAUAAUAAUGGUGAUAUACCAGAUUAUUCGCACAAACAGGACGAGAAGGAUACACCGACAAGCGAUGUCGCUGUCAGCCUUAGUGAUACUGCCCUGCACAGCACACCUGAAGCAGCAAACUCCUUCGCAUUCCAUAAAGACGUUAAACCAAUAGAAGCUCUUGAAAUAAAAGAAAUUACAACAGAAUCUACAAGAAGCAAUACUGAUAUCUCGUAUGAAAUAACCACCAAUCGUCCAGAAGCAUCUGAUAAUUCAGGAAGAGUACAAAGGCCGAGACUUAAAAACAGAUUCAAUCGCCCGAAAUUCAGUGUCAAAGAUUACAGGAAUCGGCUUAAUUCUACCACAAGUACUACAGAAAAGGCUGUGGACUCAACAACUAAGGUAAGAUUCCCACAUCGAAGAAUACCAAGCACUGACAAUUACUUUAACAGUGAUGUAGAAGUGACAACUGAGAGAAAGAAAUUUAUGCCCAAAGAUCCACGUCAUAAGAUUCCGAACAACGAUGAAACAGAAAAAGAAAUACAUUCGAUCAGACAACCCACUAGACAUAAACAAUCAGCAGAUACAACAGAGGCUGCAUCACAGAAAAUAUCCUCUAGAAUUCGUAGUGGAGUAAGACGACCGAAACCAACAGAAGAAACGACCGAAAGUGAAAGUUCUACUGUAGCUCACAAAAGGCCUCUAAGAAAGAAGAUUAAAGACUCUGAUACAGGUGAAUCAGUGCAAGACGUAACAGUUACCGAGACUACUGUACAUUACGAUCAGAAGAACGAUAUAACAUCAGAGAGGACGAGGUCAGAGAGUGCUAUCAUGAAGAUCGCUGACAAAAAACACCAAGAUCAUCAUUUAGAACAUUUAUUUGAACAUUCCAAACGAGUUUCAGAUCUAACUCUGGCCGCGAGCAAAGAUUAUAACACACCUGGCAUGUUCAAGACGGUAUCCUCAAAUAGUAGGAGAAUACCUAAUUACUUUACGAUAGCGACAGACGAUCCCAUACUACCGAUAGAGGCUUUCUUUCCGCAGCUGAACCAAAAGAAGGAAUCGUAAUGUUCCUAAGUAGUUAAGUUAUAAAACCAAAUCUUUCGACUGCCAAAGCGAUAUAACUUCUGUAAGUUCUCUUAUACUAACAUUAUUUAAGCACAAAUAUGAAGUAAUAUUUUUCAUGUCUAUUGAUUAGAGAAAUGAAAGCACAAUUACCGGGCGUCUGAAGUCCUUAUAAACAACAUCUGAGUUGUGAAUUAUAUAAACUCUAUUUGGAAAUCGGUUUAAUCUAAUUAUACAAAAGCGACUGCAUUUGAUAAAUUGUCACUAUAUUUAGGUAAGAUUUGUAUAUUCCCUAUGAAGCGGUGCUCAUUAUAGUAUAAGUUAUAUUAUUCUUUUGUGAAAUAAUAGGAGUAAAGGCAAUCAUAAAUUUUUUGCUAUCCGGAAUUAUUACAAAUGCAAAAAGUUUUUAACGAAAAAAUCAUUAGGUCAGUUUGAUUAUAAAAGACACCAGAUA